GUCUGUGUGUGGGUGGGCGUAUGUAAACAAACAGGCAACAUAUGGAGGGCGGCUCGCGGCCACCACCACCGUCCUGUAUUCUCCGUUUAUAAGGAAAAGAGAGACGAUUGGCACUUGAUAUCUGUUAAGAGAAGGAAACCAGCGCUCAAUAAUGGCACUAAAGGCUUUUGAUUUAGUGUCCGUGCUGGGCAGAGUUGAUUUAAAGAUUGAGUGUCUUGAGGCAAGCGGCAGUGAUCUGUACCUUGGCUCAGAUGAAAGCAUGGUGGUUCACUAUCUGGUGGAGGAGCGGACCAGCGAAUCCACUGGCAAGAUCAUCUACUCCACCAACAGGAUGAGUCAGAAGAACCUUGGAACAAGGAAGGCGGUGACACAAUUGAAGACGGCCUCCGCUCUGGGUCGCCUGAUGGCCCUGAGUGAUGGGAACCUCUACCUCCUGGACUCUGACAUGCUCAACACCAUCGGCUCGGGACCAAAGAUGAAAAACGUGACUGUGUUUUGUGUCAAUGAGAACCCAAACACUCUGGAUCCCUUCACUGUGCAGCUAUGCGUGGGCAAGAGGAGAUGCAUUCAGUUCUGCUCCCUGCAUGAGGACCGUGUCUCCUUCCUGCGGGAACUCUCCACUCAUGAGCCAGUCAACAUAGCCAUGGAUGGGAACUAUGUGUGUGUGGCUGGCCAGGGGCAGUACUGUGUGUUCAAUGUGGAGGCAGGAACACGUCAGGACCUGUUUCCCUAUGACGCUGCCACUACUUACCCACAUGUCAAGAGGAUAGCUAAGGAGGAGUUUUUGUUAGCUGGCCCUGGUAAUCUUGGUAUGUUUGUGACAGCAGCAGGCAUCUCAGAGCGUCCACCCAUCCAGUGGUCAGAAGGAAUCACAGCUCUCUCCUACUACCACCCUUACAUCAUCACCAUCACCAGCCAGUUCAUCAGAGUGUACAGCCUGAUAGACCAACAGCACAAGCAGACCAUUAACUUCUCAGGCGGGGAGUUGGUGGGGAACUUUGAUGGACAGCUGUAUGUGGCGGCCAACUCCUGUGUGUCCUGCCUCAUGCCACAGCCCUGGACCAUGCAGGUGGAGGCCCUGAUGGAUAGCGAGAGAGUGGAGGAGGCUGUGGAGUUAGCAGAGCACAGCGGGGCGGUGGGCAUGAGUCAGGAACAGUACCAGCAACUGUGUCGGACCCUGCUGCAACGUGCCGGCUUCAUUAAACUGGUGCAUGGGGUGUUUGACCAGGCGCAGGAGUAUUUCUUAAAGGGCGCCGUGGAUGUGAGGGAGGUGAUCAGCUUGUUCCCAGGGUUACUUCCAGCUGCUGUAGAGUUCACCCGGGUCCAGCCACCACUGCACCACCUGGCAGACAUCAACCAGGCUAUGCAAGGGGACCAGGCUAGGAUCAAGGCAGCCAAGACAUUCCUGCUCUCCUUUCUACUGCACCUUCGCUUCCAAGGACACCUCACUCACAGGAUGGAGGUGGACACAGCUAUCAUCAAGCUGCAGGCGGAGGGUGACUCAUCGGACCUGCUGCUGUUCUUGGACCACAGCGACAUAGCGUGCAACCUGCCAGAGUGCACACAGUGGCUGUCCGACCACAAGCAGUUCUCCGCCCUAGCUAAGCUGCACAGAGUAUUGGGUAAUCUUGAGAAGUCCCUUGAUGUGUUGACCAAGCUUGUGAGGGAGGAGGUGACAGACAAACACUUCCAAGGCAUCAAGGAUCUGGUGGACUGCCUUGUUCUUGCCAUGGAUGCCAGCAUAGUGUGGCGAUACGCAGACUUUGUGCUGGACCGUGAUGCCAGCGAGGGUGUGCGAGUGUUCACAGAGACACAAACCAUUCUGGACCCCUCCCACGUACUGCACAUCCUCCAGAAGUACCCAGAGGCGCGGCUUGGCUUCCUCCACCAUCUUAUUGACACCAAGAAGCUGAAGGAUGAGAAAUACCACACUGAGCUGGUCCUUCAUUACGUGGAUGAGGCAGUGAAGCUGAUGAAUGCCGGAGACGCUGACCAGAGAGACACACUGAACGAGACCAGGGCCAAGCUACAAGACCUCCUCAGCUCUUCCUGCCACUACCAGCCUCAUCCAGUCCUCACUCGCCUUCAGGGAACAAACUUACAUGUGGAGAUGGCAGCAGUGUUUGGCAGGCUGGGGGAGCAUGAGAAGGCGCUGUCCAUGUUGGUUCAUCAGCUUAAGGACUUUAGUGCAGCCGAGCAGUACUGUAUAGCCCAAAGCAGAGUGGCGGCCAGCAGCAGUGCUAAGUCAAACAUAUUCCUCAAGCUGCUGAAGAUAUACCUUCGUCCUCCUCCUGGCGGCAGUGAGGAUGACAUAGAGUUGGCACCGGCAAUAGAGCUACUGUCUGUACACGCUGAGGAGCUGGAGGUGUCUUCUGUGCUGGCCCUGCUGCCCCCCACCUGGUCCCUUGCCAUCAUCCACCACUACCUCCGUGCUGCCCUUAGGAACUCACUCCACCAGAGUCGCAUUAAGAGAAUCCAGCAAACUCUUCUACGUAGCGAGAACCUUCAGCAGAAAUUCGUCCUUUACAAACUCUCAAAGGACAUGGGGCCAAUUCCUCUUGCUGCCAAUAGAGUGUGCUGUGUGUGCAACCGAGGCUUCACCAGCUGCUCCUUCACCAUCUACCCUAAUGGUGUGAUGGCGCAUCCCUCCUGUGCACCAAACCCUAGCGUGUGUCCCCUCACUGGUACAGUUUUCCAGGCAGCCCACGCCAGCCCCACCUCGCCCGCCCCUGCCCAGCAGUACAGGUUGUGAUGUGUUAUGUGCUUUGAAGAGAAAGACACUGCAGUAUUAUAGGUAUCAGUGUGGUCUUGGUUCAUCCUGUUAUUUAGUACUAUUAACUCUAAUGUGGUUUAAGAAGUGCAGCCAAGACACAAACACUCGUACAGACACUACAUCUUCUUUUUCCUUAGAUAUCUUUGUGGUCUCAGUUCCCCUUUGAUUCUAUUGUUAAAACUUGUUCUAUGGCCGCUUCCAUUCAGUAAAGUAGCUAGAAAUUGCAAAAUCGAGUCUUUUUAAUUUAUUUGUUUCUUGUAGAUGCUCAUAAACUUUUCAUUCAUUACUUCCAGUACUGUUAAUUGUUGCAUAUCAUUGUGAAAGGAUCUAGUAUCUUGUGAGUGAGUGUGUGAGUGUCUUGAUAGGUCUUAUGGUGUUUGUUGAGGAGGAAACAUGGGCUGCAUCGAGGAGGAGGAGAACAAAGACAGAGUGAGUUAGCAGUUAAGUAGUCAGUGGAAGGAAGUGAUCUAGUCAUAAGAGAGACACAGCUUAAAUGAUGAACUGUAUUCAAUGGCAUGUACAACACACACUUUCCUUUACAUUCUGUUUGCUUCAGGUUUUUCAAUUGUAAAUUCUGGAACUCCCUGGCCACUUGUGUAUUUCCCCCUAACUAUGACUUGAACUCUUUCAAGAGGGAAGUUUCAAGAUGCUUCUCUAAUUUUGAAUGGUUUUGAAUAGUCCUGUUUAGUGCUACUCUUUUUGGAACUAAAGGGUGUUUAUUUAUCCAGUAUUCCUUGGUUAAAGCUCCUUCUACAUUUUAUCUUUAUACAGAUAUACUAGGGCAACAAUCCCACACACACACACACACACACACACACACACACACACACACACACACACACACACACACACACACACACACACACACACACACACACACACACACACACACACACACACACACACACACACACACACACACACACACACACACACACACACACACACACACCAAUCACACUCCCAGCCCCUUCAGCCCCUGGUAGAAAAGGACAAUCUUAUGAACCACCUCACUGCACCCAAGGAAAUAAGACAUGGCACAGCUAGCCUCUCACACAGCAAAAAGGAAGUGUGUCUAAUACUCACAAACAUAUCUCACAUGCCAUUGAUAUAGUAGAUAGAUUGUCACAAAAGUUAUUUAUUCAUAGUGUUGAGUGAUGCUGUGUGGUGCAUAAGAUCACAAACACAGUCCCACCAAUGUUGAGUCUUGCCAUUUUUUAUGUAUAUUAGCUGGAGCAGGUGAAGGUACGACUGCAACAAGGAAACAAGAACCAGUGAUUAGUGCUUUAUUUGCUCAUAUUCAGAAAAGCCUUGCUCUCUCACCAUGACAGUUUUCCAAGACCACAGAGACGACUAGCCAGGUUUUCAGGACAGUUUCAUCUAAUAAUAAUUUAGAAAUCUUGCCAGUCCAUCACCAGAACUAUAAAAAUACCCUUAAAAAACUGAACAUCUUCAACUAAAGCCUUUGGAAAGUAAUUGAUGGUGAGAGAGCUAAGUGAUUAAGAAUACUGGCCAUUGAGUCACAAAACAACCUUUCAAACUUUCACUGCAGUGGUGUCCUUUUGUAAACACUCAGGAGCUCUAUAGAAAAUAGUUUGCAAGAUGGAAGAAAGGAGAAAAAGGACCUUAAUCUAUUCUCAAGGCUGCAAAUAGAAAUAGCUGAAAAAAGUCAUAACUACAAGAUUAAAGAUUGUGCUGCAGUGAUUUAUUGAAGGGUGACAUGUGGUGAGGGGAAGGCUGGCGGCAGGAAUAUAUGUAUAAAGAAAAGGGCCACUUAAGUAACCCUCUCCCCUCACUGCCCCUUUAUGUAUACUUAUAGAUGUGUAUGAUUUCUUUCCUGUACGUAUUGGGAAUGUACUAUUGUCUUGAUGUACAGUACUGGCAUAAACACUGAUCUGAA